GACAGACUCUCUAGUAAACUGAUCUUGAACUUCUGUUCACACAAUACCCAGUGUUUGACAAAAUAGAAACAAUGUCUUCCUAUCCUUUAACAACAAAAGAAAGUGUAAGAAACAGGGCAUUAAUUGUAUCUGUGGAAAACUUUUAUCCAGGUGUGGGUCUGAAUCCACGGAGAGGUGCAAACAGAGACACCCGGAGACUCCACAAACUUCUCACCAAUCUCGGAUUCUCCGUAACCAUCAAAAUGGACAUUGAAAGUGAUGAAAUCUAUGAAGCUUUUAAAACAGAAAGUGAGAAGGUGGUGAAAGAGUGUUUUGUGGGUAUCAUAUCUAGUCAUGGUGAGGAUGGUGUUGUGUUUGGUGCUGAUGGGAAUCCUGCCAAACUGGCAACGAUCUACAGCUACUUUGGAUGUCCAUCAAUGGUGGGAAAGAAUAAACUCUUCCUUAUUCAGGCUUGUCGAGGUCAUGCGCUGGAUGGAGGUGUAGAAGUAGAGACAGAUUCUUCAUCCUUAGAAGAAGAUGAGAGCAUAUCUGAGCUCUUUUCUAUUCCCAUCGACACUGCGGUUAUGUAUGCAACACCUCCAGGUUACUCUGCAUUCCUGAAUCCUCUGGGCUCGGUGUUCAUUGAGACCUUCUGUGAUUUGCUGGAAAAGGACGGAGGUCCAGAUCUGGAGAUCACACAACUAAUGACUCGACUUAACCAACACAUUGCUUACAACUUCCAAGCAAAAGGAAAAGAUUUUGGGGGUAAAAAGCAGAUGUCAUGCUUUGUGACACGCUUUACCAGAGACGUUUUCCCAUUCUUGAAAAGCAGGACAGAAGAAACAAAGGACCUGAGCUUGAACUUUACAGCCAGACAGCUUGUGAAUGAACCGGAAAGGUCACGGACGAACUCCAUCACUUUAGGAUGAUGUGAUUGUAACCGUAAAGAGUUUGAAGGAGGAACUGUAUUAUCUUGGUGAAAAUUUUCAAAAGGCUUGGAUAGACAAAUCUACCUAAGAGAUUGAUAAAGAAAACCAGAUAAAGUGUAUUGAACAGGGAAGUGGGGAAGCUGUUGGAUGUAACCUGCACUUCGAUUGAACUUCACAGGGAAUUUACCUUAUUGCUAUACUAUAUUUAUUUGUAUAUUAUUACAAAUGAACAAAUUUUUGUUAAUGUUAAACUUUUU